AUGGUAGCUUCCGCCAUUGAGCUGGCUGCAGCUUUCGGUGCGGGUGCCGUCUUCUCCUGGUUCAGCUCUUCUGCCUGGGCAACGUCAACGUGUCCGGCCUGCCAGGUGUCUUGUGGCAGCCUUACCUGCCCCGUAGUGCAUUGCUCCACUGGACACAUUGAGAUCGGGCCGAUCACCGGGGCCUUCCUGUUUGUUCUGGCUGUGGCAGCAUACAUCCUCCUCAGCUGGAGGUCUCGAGCUGCUAUCGCCGAGCAAAAGGGUCCAGUUCAGAAGACUCCCUUGGGGCCGCAACCUCUUGGUCUCCUAGCACCGGGGAGCUUUGUUCUGGUCAAAUAUAACGUCCCAGAGGAUCUAUGGCACGCACGCUUACUGCUAGCUCCAGUUUCAGGCUCUUCAUGGGUGAUACUCACUCCACAAGCGGAUCUGUACAUCGAGGACCUCGGAAAUGCGAACACAGACAUUUCGGGAUGGAGGGCUUACGAUCCGUCCGGGCCAGUACCUUAUGGUUUGUUGGGUCACCAGAUACACCGGUUUCGCGUCCUGCCAGAUGCUGCUGCUAUCACUCGUCUUUGCGCGGAGGGAGAAGCACACGCUCAGGUAGAGCGAGCUCGUUUGGGGCUCUCAGCCGGUACACCCGCUCAUGCCGCUCCACCUGGUGGUCAGAUCGCAAACCUGGCAGGGCCGGGUGCUGGACAGUCAGCACUAGGCGGCGCGGCGCAAGCUGCCCCUGCCGACAAUGGAGCUGGCCACGCAGGGCUCGCUGCUGCCCUUGGAGGUGGGAUCGGAGCGCAUUUUGCCGUCGAACCGGAGGACGCAAGAACGUUGAGUAUCUCCCGAGACGACUCUGGCUUGCGGUUCAAGGAGUUCCGGAUGGCGGUGUCAGAAAGCAAGGUUGUGGAGUUUCCAGACUGGCCAAUCGGAGGUCCGCGGACAGCCAAGCAUGUGAUCACUCAGAUGUUGGAUCACGGAGGUUCGGCAUUGCAACAUCAUCAAGCUUGGAGGGUGGCUUGCAAGUUUCAACCCUCGGAUGGACCAGCUAUGGAGCACGAAGCUUGGUGCAAAGUGCUGCACACCUUCAUGACGUACGACCAAGUGGAUGUGACGAACUUGGCAGGCGCAGAGCUCAUAGUCCGUGCUAUCCAAAGAAUCGAAGAGAGGCACAAAUGGAAACUUGCAGCGGCGGAGGACUCGGGGGAAGGUGCUCUCUUCAUGGGGGCAAAUGCUGGAAGCCGAGUCGGAUCGAUCGUCUCGCCGAAGCUCACCGAGUGGAUCGGGACGGAGAUGCAGAGGGAAGCCUUGGUCGCGAAGGAGAGAAGGAAAGCUCGAGAAGAACGACGUAACAUCUUCCCCCUGCCCGAGAUCCCAUGGGAAGAGAGCGCGGGACCCAGUGAGUCCUGGCGCUUGUAUGCCAAUGAAGGGAUCAAAGCUCUCAACGACCUUGCGGGUUGUGUUAAUUCGGAACAUCACAUGCGUAAAAAGAGCACUCGAGCUCAGCGCCGAGUUCUUUCUUUGAUCUCCGAUGCCUACCUCCAUGCUGAUGCGAAUCAAACUCCUGAUGCGACUGGGGAUGGUAUUCGGGGGUUGUGCUCGUCCUCUCGGUUGUAUAACAACGGCCGGAGCGACGUUCAGCCCUACGCCAGAGAGAAUAUCUCUUGGCCUGAGGUCAAGUCCUCGCCCGAGAAUGUACCCGUUACGCCUUAUGUUGACCCCGUCCUCAAGAACAACGUUGCUGAGUACUGUGGGUUUCUUGAUGAGCUCAUCCAAAGGAACAUGGUGGGUUUUCAGCUUGCCGAAGUGUGUGAAAGUCGAUUGGGCAUUUUCUUCGUUCGAAAGAAGUCUGGUCAGCUGCGGUUGCUUUUUGACACUAGACGUCUCAAUCAGCUUUUCGUCGACCCGCCGACUACCGACCUUCCUUCAGCUGAUGCGUUCACUCGCCUUGAAAUGCCAGAGAACAAAACCUUUAUGAUUGCCUCGGGCGACCUAGCCAACGCCUUCUACACCCUCUCCAUUCCUGACGACCUCGCCCGGAUGUUCACACUCCCCGCUAUCGAGGCUGGACGUCUGGGUAUUACCAGUGUCGACGGCAAUGCGUGCGGAACCAAGACGCUGAUUGUGCCGUACCUCAAAGUACUCCCCAUGGGUUGGAACUGGGCGCUGCAUAUUUGUCAACAGGUUCUGCUUAAUGCUAUUGAUCAUGCUGGGUUUGACGGAUCACAGAUAGUUGGUGACAAAAGAGGGGCCGUUGAAGUUCGACAUGACACUGAUCUCGCCGUCGCUGGGUACGUAGACAAUUUCGGAGUGUUUGGCGUCAAUGCUGACUCGGUGAACUCAGGCCUCAGACGAAUCUGCGACAUUCUGAGGGGCUGGGGUCUCACAGUGCAUGAAGUCGAGGUAGCUCAACAACAGUGUGACUUCGUCGGGCUCCACUUCGAUGGUCAAACUGGUUUUGUUUCUAUCAAGACUAGCCGGUUGUUGAAGAUCAAGAGCGCGAUUGAGGAGCUUCUCAGACUUCAAGUAUGCACUGGGAGGACAUUGCAACUCAUUCUCGGACAUUGUACCUGGGCUCUUAUGGGGCGAAGACAAGGGCUUGCACUGCUUCGUGCUUCGUAUGCCUUCGUACAUCAGAAUUUAUCUUGUGCCUCCCGCCUGUGGGAGAGUGUCCGGAAGGAGCUGCAGUGGAUCGCUGCUCUACUCCCGCUCUUUCGUUUCAAAAUCAAUACGGGGUGGAGUUCAGAUGUUGUCGCCAGUGACUCUUCUCCCUGGGGCGUCGGCGUUUGUCAUAGGCAGCUUGAUGUCGGGCAAGUUCGGAGCAUUGGUUCUUGCAGCGAGCGGUGGCGAUUCAAAUUUGAAGAUGCUCUGCAGGCACGGGAGCGUGCUCUCCAGGAGCGAACUAAGCCGGGGCAGCCUGAAGAGCUCAUCAGUUGUGUACCACACUCCACUGGCAAGAACAAUAGUUUCAUUACGAGCCUUGGCUUUGAGGAAGUCCCUCAUGACAUCAUGCUGCGCAAGCAUUGGUGCGUUGCGUGGUCAAAACCCUGGGAGCAUGAGGCUAACAUCUUGCACACUGAAGCUCGUGCCCUCACUUGGUCAGUUGAGCAUCUGUUGCGAGCCAAUCGUUGCAUACAGAAGAGACUGCUUUGCUUCAGUGAUAACCUCCCCCUUGUUCUCACUGCCACCAAAGGGCGGAGGAAAUCCGCCCAUCUCAACAAGCAAUUGCGAAAGCUUGCAGCUUUGUGUCUCGCUACCGGCUCGAAGGUGCACGUAAGGUGGGUGCCUUCAGAAAUCAAUCCAGCUGACGCUCCGUCGCGUGCUUUUCAGCAGUGGAAGGAACUUCAGCUCGUGCACUGGUGGGACGAUCUUCGGCUAGAGCAGCUCCUCCGUGACGAUGAGCCCUCCACCCUGACGGACUACACCAAUCGGUUGAAGGCGUUCGCGGCUUGGCUCGGAGAGGACCCGCUGCUGAUCAUGACCGUUCAUCUCCUCGACAAUCUCCUCAUCGGAUACCUGGAGGAGCUCUUCGACAUGGGGAAAGGGAUCGACAGUGGCAUCCGCAUAGUCGCGGCAAUCAAGUUCUUUCACCCGCAUGUGGGGAAAGGCACUCUCGGGGCACUGCCCCGCGCCGCCAGGGCCUUGAAAGGUUGGCAGCUAGCCGCGCCUCCUCAACAACGACUCCCCAUCCCUGCAGAGGCCCUCGGCGCGAUCAUUGGAGUGCUGCUCGAAAUGGGUUAUGCAGAGAUGUGCCUGCGACUCUUCAUCCAGUUUCUUUGCUACCUGAGGCCGGGCGAGUGCUCGAACCUGUUGGUGAAGCAGCUGGUUCCACCUCAAAGGCAUGCGCUAGCCGGCAAUGCCUUCGGUUCUUGGGCGAUCCUCCUUCACCCGAGCGAGGACAAGAUCGCGGGCAAAACCAACAUCUUCGAUGCCUCAGUCCUGCUGGACUCCGACAGUUGGAUGGGGCCACUUCUGUUCGGGCUGAUUGCGGGCAAAAGGCCAGACUCCCCACUCUGGAGCGAUUCGCAUCGUUCCCUCCACAAUCUCUUCACUGCUGCCAUCGACAGAUUGGGGCUGACCGAAAUGGGGUGGAAUCUCUACAACCUGCGGCACUGUGGGGCAACUCACGAUGUCCUGUCGAGAAGGCGGAGCUUGCUGGAGGUGAAACAACGCGGACGUUGGGCUGCAGACUCUUCCCUGAAACGAUACGUCAAACAGGCACGACUGCAGAGCGAGUUGGCCCGCAUCCCGCAGGCGAUUCGAGACCGUGGGGCCGCCAUCAUUCGAACGCUGCCCGACCUUCUGAAGGCGAAGGCCCUAAAAUUUGGAGGCAGCAGCUGUGGAACCACACAGUCACCCGCCGGCUCCAACAAGAAGGUAAAGCUCGCCCGCGUUGGCCAAAGCAUCUAG